CCCCCUCCCGGAGGCUGUGACGGCGAUCGAGGGCUGAGCAGCGAGAGCGCGAGCGAUUGGAGAGGAGCCGUUAGUGCGCGAGCGGCUGUGUCAGUGUGGAGCCGCCGCGCACAGCGGAGCCCAACUCUCAGCACUCGCACGGGACUUACGAAUAAACCCCCGUCAACAAGGAGAGGCAAAUCCCACCAGCACCGGGAGCGGGGGCAAAAUCCAACCGAGAGAGAGAGACUCUUCUACGCCAGAACUUUCUGAGCUUCUGUGUGUGUGUGUGUGCGCGCGUGUUUGUGUGUGUGCGCGUGUGUGUGUGUGUGUUUUGGGGAGGGGGGGAAGUUCGUUGGAAUAUGGUUGGGGAAAUGGAAAAUAAGGAACGACCAAAACCGACCCCAGACUAUCUCAUGCAACUGAUGAACGACAAGAAGCUGAUGAGUAGCCUGCCCAACUUCUGCGGCAUUUUCAACCAUUUGGAGAGGUUGCUGGACGAAGAGAUCAGCAGAGUGCGGAAAGAUAUGUACAACGACACGUUAAAUGGCAGCACAGAGAAACGAAGUGCCGAACUACCAGAUGGUGUGGGGCCUAUUGUACAAUUACAAGAGAAACUUUAUGUGCCUGUUAAAGAAUAUCCGGAUUUCAACUUUGUUGGAAGAAUUCUUGGACCCAGAGGACUAACAGCAAAACAACUGGAAGCAGAGACUGGAUGCAAGAUUAUGGUGCGAGGAAAGGGUUCAAUGAGGGAUAAGAAGAAGGAGGAGCAAAACAGAGGCAAACCAAACUGGGAACACCUGAAUGAAGACUUGCACGUAUUAAUCACUGUGGAAGAUGCACAGAACAGAGCAGAAAUCAAGCUAAAGAGGGCAGUGGAGGAAGUCAAGAAAUUACUUGUACCAGCAGCAGAGGGAGAGGAUAACCUUAAGAAGAUGCAACUGAUGGAAUUAGCGAUACUGAACGGCACCUAUAGAGAUGCCAACAUCAAAUCACCUGCCCUUGCCUUUUCUCUUGCAGCGACAGCCCAAGCUCCACGGAUCAUUACAGGGCCCACGUCAGUUCUUCCACCAGCUGCCUUGCGAGCCCCUACGCCAGCUGGUCCAACUAUUAUGCCUCUAAUUAGGCAAAUUCAAACAGCUACAGUCAUGCCUAAUGGAUCCCCUCAUCCAACUGCAAUAGUGCCUCCUGCACCUGAAGCCGGUCUAAUCUAUACUCCUUACGACUAUCCUUACACACUGGCACCAGCUACUUCCAUCCUGGAGUAUCCCAUUGAGCCUAGCGGAGUUUUAGGUAUGGCAUUCCCAACGAAAGGCUAAGAAUUCAAGGACACAUGUCACUGAACCCUCAUCAGAUCUGAACUUUAACAAAUGCUUAGUUUCACAGCAGCCAUGGACAAAAUGUACCCAAUCUGACUGUCAUUGAAAUGCUAGCAUUGUGUGUAUGUGUGUGUGUGUGUGUGUGAGAGGGGGGAGGGGAGCGCGUAAGAGUAAGUGUUGUAUAUGUCACUCACUCUCUCUCACAUACACAUGUACACAAGACAUUUGGAAGCCAGUUGGGUCAAUUAGUUAUAAUUCUGGCCUAGUGCUCUUCCUAUCAUUUUUGGCACGUCUAUCCCAGAAGAACCACACACUGUGUAUUUCUUUGCCUGCUUGGUAUAGGGUAUUUACUUUAUACAUCAUUGCAAUUUUUAGCUAGUGGUUUCUGAGUUAAGCAUGCAUUUUUUAGGUCAAGCAAUUGCUGCAAAUUUUUAAAAAUUUGUAGAGAUUUUAUUUUUAAGAAAAUAACUGGUGUCAAUACUGAUUCAGUGUUAUGAAUUAAAACUUUUUCUCUGCAAGGUGCACUCCACUGAUUAUAUGACUAGUAAAAUUUAAUUGUGCUUGGAUCUAACUGAGUAAUCUCAUUUCAUAUAGUGGGAAUUUUAGUAAGUGGAUAGCAGCAAUGGGUUAAGACUAUGUCUUUUGAAAUGGAAUGCAAUAUUAACAUGCACAGUUGUACUCAAUUAAGUAAUUUCUGCUUGAAAGUUCGAUUUAUGAAGGUGCUGUGCCUUAACCUACUUUUUAACUGCUAUCUUGCUGUAAUUUCUAGUAAAUCCAUCUUUGAUCUGCCAUUGAAAUGCUAAUAAUAUGUUAACCAAUCACUUCCUCGGAAAUUCCUCUAACCAUGUGUUGGAAAUGUUGUAAUUUAACUAGGUGCAGUGGCUACUAAAGUUCGAAGGCACGAAAUGCGGGUCCAUCCUUACCAAAGGAUUGUGACCGCUGACCGAGGUUAGUUUAGUUCUGGAGUUCUUGUUUUUUGUUGAACUUGUUGACUGUAAGGGUGCUGCUUUGCAAAAUCACAUCAGUUGGGGUUGACCAAUGGUCUAAUUUCUGAGGACCAGUUAUAUCCAUUUUUAUUCAGCAAAAUACCACUAUGCCCAACAACUCUUCGGAUUUUUGUUGCAAAGUUUUCCCAGAACUUCUGAGUUAAGUUCCUCACAUCUAAUGGGAAUGCAGAAAGGAAUUUAAGGCUGGAGAAAGAGAAUAUUAGUGUUCCUGUUCCUGCCUGAUAAGAUUGAUGAACUUUUGAGAGAUAUGUUGUAACUGCCAAUAUGUUUAAUAUUGAGGGAGGGAGGGGAAAUGCAUUCGCAUAUUUUAAAAGUAGCCAAAUCCAAAAAGACUUUUCAGACAAUGCUUUUGAAAGGACCAAAUCCUUUUCCUUGAAGAAACUCUUGAAUUGUGCCUUUAUAAUCUUCAGAGGAAUAUAAUACAUGAAUAUGAAUUUAUACACUGUUGUACCUGAUUCUUAUCAAUGCUUGUUGUGGCAUGCAUGCACGUUUUAUACCAGCACUGGACCCUUCAUGCCAAUACAGUUGGGUCAACAUUUUAUCUGUGUAGUUAUUUUGAGAUUAUGUCCCCAUAAUGUAUUCAGAGGUCUUAACAGGAAUCAAUGUUCAUUUUCCCAGCCUAACUCUUGCCGUAAUUAUUGCCCUUAGACCUGUAAAUGAAAAAAAUCUAAAUUAUUAAAAUAUUUUAGGCUCACAUACACCAUGAAUCCACGAAUUUUCAAAGACAUUGCGUUCAACCAGUAGCUAUGUAAACUUGCAAGAAUUAAAAGUCUAAUGAACAUUUAUUAAAAGUUAGAUUCAAAACAAGUAAAAUAUCACUUUUUACUCAUCUACUUUUUUUCUGACAAUAACAAACAAAAUUGCUCCCUGUAAGCAAGUGUCCAAUGUACAUUUUGUUUCUCUGAUCCAAAUAGUUUUCAUUACUUGGCAAUUAGUUUUAUGUAGGGAAGUGUACUACCUUUUAAGCGCACUUUAAGUUUUUGAGUGAGAUUGUGUCUAAUUGUGGAGUUGAGGGUGGGGAAUAUAAAAACUGUGAAGAGAGGGGAAAGGAAGAACCGUGGUAUAGAAAAUUCUACAAAUUUUAGGUCUACAGUAUUGCAGUAUUUUAGGUCUACAAAUCCCAGCUGGUGUGCAUAUUCAUGGCUAGGAGACAGGGAGAGGUGGUACUGACGUUUUGACUGCAUGGAGAAUAAUUAGCAUCUUUUAUACAAGACCCAGGGUAGUAAUUGUUGAAAUCAAAAGCUGAGUAAGGAUACAACUCCUGGUGUCAGAAAAAAAGGUAUCUAGAUAGAUUGCUUGGAUAAUACUGUAGCAUUCACCACUUUAUGUAAUGGAGGGUUUUUCUUGCACUUAAUCUGGAGAUUAUUUUCCAAGACACCAAGAGCUCAGGUAAAUUCUGUAAAUGAUCAAAACUCUAGAGGGUUCCUAGGCAAGUCUGUUGUCAUCCAUACCAUUAAGUUCUCAUUCAGGUCUGUAUGGUGUAUUGAGAGCCUAAAUUAUCACAUUGUUUUCUAUAAUUAAAUUUGGACUUUAAUUUAUUCAUGAUUUUUUUAAAACCAGUGUCUCCCAACUGGGUCUAAGGGAUUUCUGUACUCAAAAUAAUAUAUGGGUUGCUAAAAUAGAUGGUUCCCUUCCUUUGCAUAGGAUUACGUGCCUCUUAAUUAUUUGUUCUGCAACAGAAAAAAUACUUCACAGUUGAUUUAGAUGUUAUUACUUUUAACCUAAUAUUUAGAUUUGGUGAUGGGUUUAUCACUGCAUCAUUCUUUACUGCAAAGAAAAUGACUCUGCAGUUUAACUUUACAGAAAUGUAUUUGGUACAGAUAAUAAGAUAGACUGACUGAAGUAAUUGGAAUGAACUCCACAUUGUGUUGCACGGUUAUUGAACCUGUGUGUACUGUUGAAAGCCUGGGACUGAGCAGAGGAUUUGAGCAGGUGUAUUGGUUGAUUAGAGAUUACAACCAUUUUGUUGGUCCUUAUAGGCUGUGUGCUUUAGAAGACAAGUAAACAUAUGUUUCAUUUUUCCUGACCAUAUUGUGGCCUUGUACAAAUAUUUGGCAACACAUAUUAAAUCACUAAUGCAAUGGAUUUUAUCCUGAAUUUUUUGAAGAAAAACUUCUAAUCGUGAGUCUUUGAAUGUAAAAUAUUUAUACAGGCAUCACAGUCCUUUCUUCAUUUUAACAGGUACACUGAAAGAACUGUUAUUACAGUAUUAUGUUUUGUUACACCAUGAUCUCAGCUGCUAAUGUAUUUGGAUAUUGUGCAGAAUCUAUGUCCGAUUCCAUGCAGUUCCAACUCCUGGCCUUCCAUUGGCUCUCGGUGGGUGACGCACUCCUUUUUUUUUAAACCCACUAACACGGGCAAAUGAGCUGUUCUUCAAUCCUGUGAUCUAUUCAUUUUUAUCCUGUAGAAGAUGAGGUCUAAAACUUGAGUCAUCAUGACUGUAACAUGGAGAAUAAGUACAGCCUUGUAUAUGGGCCAUCAAAAGGGAUGCUGUUAUUAAGCAUUACACCAGACUUAUCUUGCUAAAAUGGCACAAAUUUGACUUUGCACUGAAUAAUUUAUUUCAUUUCCUCUGUUUAAGUCUUGCAACCAACAGUACAAUAUUUUGGAACCUCAGAACUUUGAUACAUUUUAAGCUGUUGAACAAAAGUCUUAUUUUACAUUGAAGUGGACCAAGUUGGGUGGAGGGAAAUGGGUGAACAAGAGAGAGUAAAAUAGAAACAGAAUGAUUCCAGAACACUCUGACUUAUCAUUUUCCACUUGAGAACUUUUGUUUUACUGUAAUCAUCUCCAUUUUAAUUUUUUUGCAAAGAAAAUAGUAUUACAGGUGGCUUCUUUAAAAAACUAUAAAAAUAUAAAGCAGGAAUGUAUAUGAAAUUGUCAGAUUUUAUUGUAUUUGCAGAGUAUUAGCAUUGAAAUUCAUAAAUGAGGGCUGUUUGUAGUUUAAAAUGUGCAUUAUAGUGUUGAGUAGAAAUUCAUCUAUUUUUGGAUAUAUUUUAGGGCUUUAUAAAUGUAGACUUUUAAACGGCAGGACUUCUUUUGUGUUUACAUGCAAAUGCAUUUUAUACAAGACUGUCCUAUAAGUGUACAAUAGUACUCUCAACUGGAAUACGUUGGAUAAAAGUAAAUUAAUUGGCCUCUUCCAAGUUCCCGUGAUGUAGCCAACACUGCUAUUCGUAUAAUUUAGAAUUGCUUGUAUUUUGAGGCCGAAGAUUUCAUAUUGUUGUAAAUAGAAAAAAUGAAAGGCAAUAAAAUUUUAUUGAACUACAUGGUUUUGCCCCUUAGUUUGUUAAAU